AUUGAAAAAGUUGAAACAAAUAAGCUCUUUUCUUUGUCAGAAUCACUUCUCAUUGUCCUCUGCUUGAACUUGAAGAACAAAGGUCACUGAGACGAGACGAUGGAUGUGGAAAAUCAAAAUCCAGAUUCAAAGUUUCCGUUCUGGAAACCCAUUCCUCGCAGGUUCCAACCCGAUUCACCUUUCUUCGCUAUCGGUAACCUCGAACGAGAACUUCUUGUCAAACAGGUUGCGUUGGAAUUUACAGAAGACAAAGAACAGAUUGAGAAUUUUAUACAAGAAGAUGAAAGGGAAGUCUUCUGUCCAAUUGUUGGGUGUGGAGCGCGUUUGGCUUCAACGGAGGACUUUGAAAAUCACUAUAAUGCAAGACAUACUGCAUCCUGUUCUGUGUGUUCUAGAGUCUAUCCAACAUCACGUUUGCUCAGCAUACAUGUAUCCGAAGCUCACGAUUCUUUCUUUCAGGCAAAAGUCGCUCGUGGCUAUGACAUGUAUGAAUGUUUAGUGGAAGGUUGUGGUUUGAAAUUCAAAAGCUACAAAAGCAGGCAGCAGCAUCUGAUCGACAAGCAUAAAUUCCCGACAUCGUUUGAGUUUUUCAAGAAGGCUCUGCCUUCAAGAAAACAGAGGAUGAAGUCUCAACGCAAAAAACCUUCUCAUAAGGAGGAUACUUCAGGAAUGAUGGAAGUCGAAAAUGCAGCCAUAGAUGACCUUGUUUCAGCAGUCUCUAGAUUGAACACAUCGGACUCCACUCCUUCCUCUAUCAGCUUUGGUCGUCGUAACACCAAAGGCUUGUCAUUUGUCCCUCGCGCUGUUCAGCACGGGAAGGGAUCAAACUCGGGUUCAUCCGUAACUAAGAGAUAAUAAGCUUCCACUCAAACUAAAUUACAUUUUUGAUUGCCGAUUGAUUGAUCGAUCUUCGGAUGAUGUCCCAUUACAAAAUCUCUCGGCAUGUCUUGGGAGUAAAACGGUCUUGUUUGCCAACACAAGUUGAUUGUGAUUCUCCCAUAAACUAUUGGAUUUCUACUUGCUUUUGGAAUUUUUCAUAUUCUAAA